CUCAACGGGAGCAACUAUGCACAGUGGGUGAUGUACAUGGAGGCAGAGCUGACUAGGAAGGGGCUAUGGGAGGUCGUGGAGUUCGAGUACAAGGGGGAGCGAGACCCGGAGAACAUGUGGGAUCAGCUCAAGGCUGUGCACAUGAGCCGGGGGCUCGCCACCGAGGUCACGAGAUGGAGGGCGCUCCUAAAUGCAGGUAUGACCGCCGAAGAGUCGGUGGAAGGGUGGAUUGGUCGGGUCCGAGGGUUAGCGCGGGGCUUAGAGGCGAUAGGCGAAGAGGUGCCGAAGAAGCUGCAGGCCAUCAUAGCGGUCGUUGGACUCCGCGAGGAGCUCAAUAUGGUCGAGACGAAGCUCGACGCGGUCGACCGGAAGCUAUGGACGGUGGAGCAGGUAGCGGCGCUGGCGCUCAACGAGGAAGCCCGA